GAGAAGCUAGUGGAAAACGCUCGUAACACGCGGGGAGAGGAUCGACGUGAGCCAAUCAGAGAGCCGGUGCAGUGCGGUGGGCGGGUCUCCACGGGUUUCGUGACGCGAAGUUGGGUAUGAGUUACGAGCGCAGCCGCAUGGGUCGAGUUACGACUGAAAGAGUAAGUCGAGCGUGAACACAGCGGCUUUAAACAGCCUGCGUUAAACAGUAUUCCAGAGUAACCGCAUCAAGAGAGGCCAUCAUGACUGACAGGAAGGCAGUAAUAAAGAACGCUGACAUGUCGGAGGACAUGCAGCAGGAUGCAGUGGAUUGUGCCACACAGGCCAUGGAGAAGUACAACAUUGAGAAGGACAUUGCUGCAUAUAUCAAAAAGGAGUUCGAUAAGAAGUAUAAUCCGACAUGGCAUUGUAUUGUGGGACGGAACUUUGGCAGUUAUGUGACACAUGAAACUAAGCAUUUCAUCUACUUUUACUUGGGUCAAGUGGCUAUUCUGCUCUUCAAAUCGGGCUGAGGGAACCGCUGUCAUUCAUGAAAGUUGGACAUCAACUCCAAACCUGGACUGUGACACACUGAUGGCUCGAGCCACACUCUACAUAAACACACACACACACACACACACACUCGCUUACAUUCUCUCCCACAUACACAUUCAUGAAUUUAGCUAUAGAGGCUGUGCAUUAAUGCAUGGACCGUGUAUAUUAUUUAAUUUGUACAUGUUGCAAUACAGUAACUUUUUUUUUGCUUUCUGUAGUUGCACGAGUUAACGCAACAAGAUGAUUUUUUGUUAGUUUUUUUCCAAGUCCAAAUUUAUUUUGCACUGAAGUUGUACAAAAUGCUUUGACCGCUGCCUUUAAAUUAUAUUAAAGAAUGAUAUGUCAUGCAUAUUUUGGGUAUAAAGUUAAUUAUUAUUAUGAUUAUUGUAGAUCCAAACAGAAUUGUCUGCAUUCCAUUUCUAGUUAAUGACUGUUCCUAACCCCAGUUUUAUGAUGUAAAAUGAAAUUACAGUGCCGCUUUUUGCAUUAUAAUGUAA